AUGCAAGGUAUGAACCCGUACCGAUCUUCCAUGGGGGGUAUGGGAAACUAUGGCUCGGGCUAUGGUUUGGGCUACGGCUCUGGCUACGGCUCUGGCUACGGCGGCUACGGAUCGAGCUAUAGCUCACCAUAUUCUAGAUUUGGUGGCAUGAGCGGCAUGAGCGGCAUGGGCGGCAUGGGCGGCUACGGCGGCAUGGGUGGCAUGGGUGGCUACGGCGGCAUGGGUGGCAUGGGUGGCUACGGCGGCAUGGGUGGCAUGGGUGGCAUGGGCGGAUUCGGCCAGCCUGGAGACAUGUCCCUCACCCAGCGCAUGGAGAGUGGGACCCAAGCAACCUUUGAGCUGAUAUCCUCAAUCGUUUCGGCGUUUGGUGGGUUUGCUCAGAUGCUGGAGUCUACUUUCAUGGCGACCCAUUCCAGUUUCUUUGCCAUGGUCGGUGUUGCAGAUCAAUUUGCGCACCUGCGCAACUAUCUCGGCCAAGUGCUGAGCAUCUUUGCACUUGCGCGCUAUGCCAAGAACCUUGUGCUCCGCCUUUCCGGACGUACUCCCACCGGCAUCGAUUCCGGCGAAUUCCGCGAUUUCCAGCGCAAAGGAGUGGCUGGACGGCCCAGGCCAAACAAGCGGCCGCUCAUCAUCUUUUUUUUGGCAGUCAUAGGGCUGCCGUACCUGAUGGGCAAGUUGGUCAAAAUGAUUACCGCACGCCAGGAAGCAGAGCGUGCGCGCCUUGCACAACAGGCUGCGGAGACAGGCACCGACUUGCAGCAGCAAAACGCACUGGGCUCUGGCCCGAUCGACCCGAGCAAACUGACCUUCGUCCGCGCGCGCUUCCCUUACAAUGCCGCGGAUGCGCUGGAGCUUAGUUUGAAAACGAAUGAGGUGGUUGCCGUGCUUAGCAAAACCAAUCCACAGACGGGCGAAGAAAGCCAAUGGUGGCGCGGCCGUACGCGUGACGGUCGUAUCGGCUGGUUCCCCAGCACAUACACGGAGACGCUUGAAGAAGCGCGCGAUCGUGCUGCAAAAACGACGCACUUGCCACCAUCGGCGAAAGAGGCGAUUCCUGCAGACAAAAGUGCUGCAAAGGAGGCGUCCGUCUCAAAAUCGUAA